AUGUAUACAGUUUAUUUUUUUGAUUAUGGAAAUAUAGUUCAAAAUGUUCCACUUGAUCACAUAUAUUCUUCUUCAAAUGAUUUAGAUCAAAUAGAAGCACAAGCACAUCGUUUUUUAUUAGGUAAUAUUAAAAAGAGUACAUGGGAUACUACUGUUCGACCAUUAAUUGUACAAGAAAAAUUAAAUAAUACUAUUGAAUUAUGUUUUCUUGAUAAAAAUAAUUCAGUUAUACAUAUUAAAUUUGAUAAUGAAAAUAAUAUUUAUAUUUUAAAUGAAAAUGAAAAUAAUCAACAAAAUAAAUUAACAACAAAGGAAGAAAAUAAAUUAUCAACAAAUGAACAAACAAAAACUUUUAAAGCAAAUAUAUCAGGAGUGGAUAAGAAUUAUUUUUAUAUUCAUAUAUUUCCUGAUGAUAUUUUACAUAUUUAUGAAUUACAAGAAAUUUUACAAACACGUGAUAAACAACAUAAAACAACAGAUAAAUGGUCAAUUAAUGAUUUAUGUAUUGUUUUAAAUGAUCAAAAUACAUAUUAUCGUGGUCAAAUUCUUUCAAUUGAUGAUAAUAAAUAUGAUGUUAAAUGUAUUGAUUAUGGAAAUAUUUUAGAAAAUCUAACUUAUGAUCAUUUAUAUGUAUUACCUAAUGAAGAAAUUUUUAAACAAUCAUCAUUAGCACAUCAAUGUCGAUUAUGUGGUUUUGAUGAUAUAAAUCAAUCGAAAGCAAUUGAAGAAGUUAUUAAAAAUAUUCAAUCAACCGAAGAUGUAAAAAUUACUAUUGAAAAUGAUCGCAAUGAUCAAUGUUUAGUUGUAAUUCUUGCUAGAGAAAAUAACAAAAUUGUUAAUGAUCAAUAUCAAUCUGGCAAUAAUAAUAAUAAUCAAGAGAACGAUAAGCACGAAUCAGAUAACGACAAGAAAACAAUUGAUUCUGAUGAAAAUCAUCCAUCAACAACACAACCCAGCCCAUGGGCCGAAAUUGUAAAAGGUACCCAUGGGCCGAAAUGGGCCGAAUUUAAAAUAAAACGAAAAUUAUCAAAACUUCUUUCUCAAAGUAAAACUGAAAUAUUUUUUGCGAAUGAUCAUCGGAUAAAAGCAUAAUCGUAACUGAAAAUCAGACAUGUAAAAGUUCUUCAUUAAUUAUCCAUGUGAUUCUUUAUAUGUAAUUAGUUGCUUUUAAAGCUCUCCUAUAUAUGAGUUAACAGAGUGGCACCUAACUUUUGUGACUGUCUUCAUUUUAGUUAUAUCGCAGCUAAGUUAUUUUAGUUUCUCGUUUUUGCACACUAUUUGCGACGAGCAGAACAUUUUUUGGAAGAUUGGAACAAACUGGUAUUAGUACCAGCUUGAUACUUUCACCUAACGUUUCAAUUAAAAAUUUCAGAUUUUCCGUUUUUGAGU